CGAAAGGGAGGAGAAAUUGUCCAAGGCGCGCAAAAAGGCAGGGGCUGAUUGAUCUGGCUUUUGUGGGCUACACCAGACACCAGUUAGAGGUUGAUAUAUAGCAGUCACUCAGCUUUUCAUUUUCACCAACCAUUACAUUGACUUCAUUUAACUUUUUUGUUCGAAAGCACCUGCCCCGAGGAUACAGCGAUACACCCGUCUCCUCUUUGCCGGAUCAGGAGUCGGACUUGCCAGCUGCGCAGGAGAGCUCCCCAGCGGAACGCGUCAUGGGAUACGGGGGAAUCGGAGCCGCUUUUUGCAUCCACACCUGAGGGUUUUGUGGAUUUACAACACGUUUUUUUAAAAGAAAAACAAGACUCUUUGACUUACUCGCUUCUAGAAGAAACUUUUGUCAGUCACUCAGAAUUUUAAGCCCCUACCAAGGACUCUUAUUACUUUAUUUCUAACACACGGUUUGGAUUUCGGAGAAGAGCUGGCAGGAUGGUCUCAGCCGAGUGCUUCACAUUGGUCGUUGUCAUCUUGUGUUGCUCAUCGCUCACAAAUGGACAUUUGGAGAGCGAGCACUCACCUAAGAUUCUGCCCUCUGAAAAUCCUCACAUUCUCCAUAAGGACGAUUCGUUACACCUCACAUGCAGAGGUCACGGCCUGCUGGACUGGACACUCGCUGAUCCGAGUCGAUCGAUGUCAUCAGAGGGGGUGAAGGUGGAGCCGUGUGACUCCAGACGUCACUCUCACUCUCACUGUAGCAAACUGACAGUUACAGGCUUGAUAGUCAACGACACAGGAAGGUACAUCUGUAAAUACUCCAAAAAUGGUUCAGACCACAUCACCUCGACCUACGUCUAUGUCAAAGAUCCCAGGCAGCCAUUUGUGAAGCCCCAUCAUCAGACGCCUGACGUCUUGUACAUCUACAGACAUGAGACGAGCCUGGUUGUCCCCUGCCGGACGUCCUUUCCUGAUGCUGUUGUUACGCUCAGAGCGCUCCGACCGCUUACAGAUAAGGUCAUUAAGGAAAUGGUUUGGGAUCCGGAGGUUGGAUUCAGGAUUCCCUACAAUCCCUCCACUGAGUACAGUAUGCUCACCUGUCACACCGUGGUUAACGGGAUUACAUUCAAUUCAGUUUACAUCCCAAGAAGACUGACUCUCGUUUUGAAUAAUGUAAAGAUUACCCCAGAACGUGUCAGAGUGUUGGUUGGAGACACACUGAUUCUCAACUGUACUGGUGAGACUUCCUAUAAUGGAAGAAUCAACUUCACAUGGGAUUUUCCAAAGCAGAAAGAAAAUCGUCAUUUUACGAACAAAUCUGAAGUCCACCCUGCAAUGGUUCUUGUGAUGAGCAAAUCUUUAAUCUUGCCUAACAUUACCAUGGAGGAUAAGGGGACGUACCGCUGCAGAGCCGAGCUCGAACCCACAAAACAAAAGAAUGUCACUGUAAAAGUUCAUGUCUAUGAGCAUCCAUUCCUUAACGUCUCCUAUAGGCAUGAGCGGCAUAGUACAGUGACAUUCAAAGGAGGUAGAAAAAGACUUGUGUUUGAGCCAAAGGUGAAUGCUCUGCCACCACCAGACAUGAUAGCAUGGUACAAGGAUGGUGUCCUUAUCAACAGGAGUUCCACCUGUUACAAGAUGUCUGGUUUCAACUUGAUCAUCACUGAUGUGCAGGGGAAGGAUAAUGGGGUCUUCACUAUAAGCCUGGGUAACCAAGUGAAGGGGCUGCACAGGAAUCUGAGCUACACGCUGGUAGUAUAUGUGAAGCCAACCAUAUUAGAGGCAGAGCUUGCCUCUGUGGACGUGCAGCCCUACAUGUUCAGCAAACAGCAUCAGCUACCCUGCACUGCCUAUGGAGUGCCCUUGCCAAACAUCACUUGGUUCUGGCAACCAUGUCACUCAGAUCCUGCCCAUAUAAAUUGCAUUGCUCACACCAAGCCAACCCCGGUCUACAUGAACGACAGGCCAAAUGACACCCACAACUGGAUUAAGAGCAUAAACAUCAAGCCUGAACUGGUUAAAGGAAAAAACAAGACUGUGAGCACCCUGGUGAUAGGAGAGGCUAAAAUGUCAGGAAAGUACACCUGUGUGGCUCACAAUGAAGUCGGCAACAGCACAAUGACGUACUCUUUCUACGUUGCUGAUCAACCUGAGGAAAUUACCAUUGAACCUAGGGCGGCCAUCGAGGGGGAUGACGUCAAUCUGACCUGUCGGGCAGCUCGCUACCUCUACACAGAUCUACAGUGGUUGGACUCCAGGAAUCAAACAGUCACUUCAAACGUGUCCAGUCUCCAAAUCAGCAACUACUCCAUUUCUAUUUCUCUCCAUCUCCAUAAUGUGUCCCAAAAGAGAGUUACAGGUUACAAGUGCCAAGCAUACAAGCUACACAAGAGGGUUGAACUCAAGCCUGCAGCACUUAAUGUGGACGUAAGAAAACGCCCCUGGCUGAGUCAAAAUCUGACUAAUCGAGAUGUGAACAGUAGCAGCACCCUGAUGCUUGCUUGCUUCGCAGAGGGAGUUCCUCGUCCGCACAUCAUGUGGUACAAAAAUAGCAUUCCGGUGGACGGAGGCCCAGGUAUUACUCUGGGAGAGGACGGGAUUCUGACCAUCGAGAGGGUGAAGAAAGACGACGAGGGUCUGUACGAGUGUGUGGCCAGCAAUGUUGAGGGAAUCGCAAAAACAAGUGCCGUGGUGACCGUGGUCGGGGAUGAAGGGAAGCCAAACGUUGAGGUCAUCAUUUUGGUGUGUACGGGAGCUGCGGCCACGUUCCUCUGGCUGAUGCUCAUCCUCUUCAUCCGCAAGUUAAGGAAGCAACCAGCACACUAUAAGAUGGGUCCGUCUAUCAUUAUUGACCCUGACGAGUGUCCCCUCGAGGAGCAGAAUGAUCUUCUCCAGUAUGACAGCAGCAAAUGGGAGUUUCCCCGCGACCGCCUGCGACUAGGCAAAACUCUUGGCCACGGAGCUUUUGGAAAAGUGGUGGAGGCCUCUGCCUUUGGGAUUGACAAGCUCUCAACCUGCAAGACUGUUGCUGUCAAAAUGUUGAAAGGAGGUGCUACGUCUAAUGAGCGUAAAGCUCUGAUGUCAGAGUUAAAGAUCCUGAUCCACAUCGGCCAUCACCUGAACGUGGUCAACCUGCUGGGAGCCUGCACGAAGCCCGGAGGCCCGUUGAUGAUGAUAGUGGAGUUCUGCAAAUAUGGAAAUCUGUCCAACUAUUUGAGAAGCAAAAGAGAUGACUUCCUCGUCUACAAGAGCCAGGACGGGAAGGUGGUGUCCUCUGGAUCGCGCUGCGAGCUGAGCGAGCUGAUGAAGCGCCGCCUGGAGAGCGUGGCCAGCACAGGAAGUUCAGCCAGCUCUGGCUUCAUCGAAGAUAAGAGCUACUGCGACUCAGAGGAAGAGGAAGAAGAAUCUGAGGAUUUAUACAAGAGAGUCCUGACGUUGGAAGAUUUAAUUUGCUACAGUUUCCAAGUUGCAAAAGGCAUGGAGUUCUUGGCUUCACGCAAGUGCAUCCAUCGUGAUUUGGCUGCAAGAAACAUUCUGCUUUCUGAGAAUAAUGUUGUGAAGAUUUGUGAUUUUGGACUCGCCAGAGACAUCUACAAAGACCCGGACUACGUGCGCAAAGGAGAUGCCAGACUGCCGCUGAAGUGGAUGGCACCUGAGGCCAUUUUUGACAAGAUCUACACGACUCAGAGUGACGUUUGGUCCUUUGGUGUCCUCAUGUGGGAGAUCUUCUCUCUGGGUGCCUCCCCGUACCCUGGGGUCCAAAUUGAUGAAGAAUUUUGUUGCAGGCUGAAAGAGGGGACCAGGAUGAGAGCGCCAGAGUACUCUUCUUCUGAAAUAUAUCAGACCAUGCUAGACUGCUGGCAGGGAGAACCACAGGACCGACCCACCUUCACUGAGCUGGUGGAACAGCUGGGAGAUCUGCUUCAGGCCAGCGUGCAACAGGAGGGGAAGCACUACAUACCGAUCAACACAGCCCUGCUGGGGAAGGUGGGUGACCCGUCCACCACAGUGGAGUCAGAGGAGACGCCCACACGGCCUGUUUCCCACCGCGACUCAGGGAGCACCUGGAACAUCAAGAUCCGUCCAGCUAGUGUGAAAACCUUUGACGAAGUUACCAUGGGGGAUGAGACAAUUGAGAACCACCAGGGCGGUCAGUCAGACAGCGGGAUGGGACUUUCAUCUGACAACAUGGAGACUCUGAAGCGCCUUGAAUCAUUGGCAGGCCGACCCCUGAGCAUCAUGGCUUUGGCGAUGAAGGCAGUGAGUAAGAGUAAAGAGUCUGUGCUGACUGACACAGAGAAGGAGAAGUUUCAACCCACGGUCCCUUCUCUGGACUUCAGUCUGGACGACUCGGCCCUGGACGCCAGUCUCGAGUGUCACAGCCCUCCGCCUGACUACAACUACGUGGUUCGCUACUCCACCCCGCCUGUGUAACCUCGCGCUCCGGCCCUGGAGAACCUGAGUGAGCCUCGAGGCCUUUGCUUUGUUCUCCUCUGUUUGGACUCUUAUCUCGGGACUGUAGCAAAGUUUGAGAGGAACUCACACGAGAUUCCCUCCAAGAAUCUACUCAACUGCAACUUCCAACUUCCAGGGCGUCUGCCGAGCAACAAAAGGAAACCUGUGGACUGUUGAUUCCUGUCCAGUUUUCAGACGCAGGCUGACGUUAAUGCUGCUGGUCCAUUCCACAUUCACUGUGAUAUGUCAAACAGCUGGAAACAGCCUCAGGUAUUUCUUUCAUCUACUGUGAAAACACCGCAAUGAUUCCCACUUCACCACAAAUCUGAUUAAACUACAACCUUUGAUGACUAACAGCAACUUCCAGAAAAAAAAGAGAAAGGACAGAUGACGCCUUUCAAGUUUUUUAUGAGACUUUUUUUUUUUUUUAAAGUCAAAACUGGAUAUGUAAUUUGUGAAAAAAGUUUUUAGUAUUUUUGGGGAUACAUGAACUCAUUUGAAGGUUUUCUAAAGUAGAUGAACAACAGUAUAACCUUGAUUAUUAAUCAUAAUAAAAAGUCUCUUAAUUGCUCCUUUAAAUGGAAAAUAGCAGCUCAAAUAACUCAGGUUGACCCAGAGUGACUGUCAUGUCGUGGUGGAUGUUUUUGAAGCUCUCACAAGUUAAUGGAGGAAGCAGAGUAAAGCUGAGAGUGAGACCAGACGGCUUCAGAUUUAACAUCACAACUCGACCGUGAAAUCAUUUAAAUGAGGAGUUACUGUAAAUGUAGAUUCCUCCUCCGGCCCCAGUCAGGGGCCAGAUGCAUCAGAUACUGUGUAUAUUUAAGACUGUGUGUACACACAAAGACAGAAUUAUGCUUUUUUUUAUAUUAUGCAUUCUUUUCUUCAGAUUUAUAAAGCUGCACGUACACAUCAUUCUGGGGUUUUUUUACUAAUUGGGGAGCUGGGUGCACAAGCCUCAUUUCCAAGAAGUACAGUCCACUGUUCGCCCACUGUUUCUCAGCAGCAGGGAGGGGAGUCUUUACCCACAGCUGUGGCGUUUUGUAGCAUUUCUGCAAACAAUCAUCUUGGUGGAAUCUUAGUCAUCAUUAUGAUCGGACGAAUGAUCACUUCCAGUUCAGGACAAACUCAAACGAUCAUUAACAGAGAGAAGAAGGCUCAAAUGUACAGUACAGGCCAAAAGUUUGGACACACCAAUCUCAUUCAAUGCAUUUUUCUUUAUUUUCAUGACUAUUUACAUUGUAGAUUCUCACUGAAGGCAUCAAAACUAUGAAUGAACACAUAUGGAAUUAUGUACUUAACAAAAAAAGUGUGAAAUAACUGAAAACAUGUCUUGUAUUUUAGAUUCCUCAAAGUAACCACCCUUUGCUUACUAGAAUAUAAGACAUGUUUUCAGUUAUUUCACACUUUUUUGUUAAGUACAUAAUUCCACAUGUGUUCAUUAAUAGUUUUGAUGAAUUUACAAUGUCAAUAGUCAUGAAAAUAAAGGAAAAACAUUGAAUGAGAAGGUGUGUCCAAACUUUUGGCCUGUACUGUAAAUAAAAGGAGUUUGAAAUGAUAAAUCAUUUAAAAUCACGUUCAUAAGUUUGCCUUUGAUUGACAUUGUGCUGAACGCUGUGCAGCCUGAUUAAAUAAUAGCACAAUCAGUGAAAUUGGCCAACAACCUGAAAACAAUGUUUAAUCAUAAGCUUACAUCUCUUAGCUCAUAUUCCGUGUUCAUUUUCAUAUCAACCUGUCUAUCUUAGCUUAAACCCUAAAACCGUGUGGACGCCUGGUCUGGAGCGUGCAUGCAUUAAACAUCAGCUUAUGUGUGGGGAAAAUGCAAUCACAUUUUUAUGUACAUAUCAUUUAUGGAUCUGGCCCCUGAUGUUGAAGAAACUCAACACUGUUUGUUUGUUUGUUUUUUGGGUGGAACAACAAAGAAAGUGAAAAUGAAAUCUAUUUUGUUUGUUUUUUUGUGUACAAAUUGAGUUAGAACAAGACUUCAUAGGAACAGUUUAUUCAAAAAGCUCUUGUAAAAUGUAUUUAUUUAGAUUGUGAACACUGUCAGUAAAUAAUCCAGUUCUGUUUGUUCAUUUAGACUCACAGUUAAAAGUUAACCAAAGGAUUUUCAAGCUCACUCUUCCUCAUAUUGACCAACACUCCAGGUUCAGCCUGGUCUACUAAAAGUUCAGAUCCUAUACACCGACACUACAUUGUCAAUUAUAUUUUGAGGAAAUCUUAUUUUUUGUCAACAUUUGAGUAUGUUGACAAAAUAAAAAAUAUGUAUCUAAUCCAGCCAGUCAGCAUAGGAUUUUAGUUGACUUAUUUUGCUAAUGUAGUUUACGUAACAAACAUACACUGUAAAAAAUAAUCUGUUUAAUUUACGGUAAAAUACUGGCAGCUUUGGUUGCCAGAAGUUCACCGUAAAAAAUACAGUUAAUGGGUUUUCUAUUGUAAAUGUAAAUGUAAAUAUCAGCAAAAACUGUCAUUUAGACUGAAUAUUCCCGUUAUUUUUAGGGUAAUUGUGUCAUUGUGACAUCAUGGCAUUUCUCCAUUAACUUUACAUGAAAGUUUUAUAUUUUUACAGCAGAACUGUGUGUUUCCUACAGUUUAUGACAGUUAAAGUUAAAGUUUCGUGCUAUUCUUUGAUUUACGGUAAUUAAAAGUGUCUACUACGGUGAUAUACAAUUUUUAAUUUUACGCCCUAUUUCUGAUGUAAUUUGACAGUUUUUUAUUACAAACAUUUUUUACAGUGUACUUAUUUCAACUCAAACCAGGAUCUUUUUCUGAACCUAACCAAAUAGUUUUAUUACAACUCAUAAUGUCAACCACAUGUUUAAAACUGAAACUGUAAUCCGAGGGAAAACUAUGUAAAAACUAAAUUGAUAAUUUAGUUUAGUUGUAUGGAAACGUAACUUUUAGCAGACAGGGUUGCCAGAUGUAUAUGCUGUUUGUGCUGCUGUAUUCACCAGUAAAGAGGGAAACAUGUCUGAUUGUGACCGUCCUUUGUCUUGUGCUACAUGUUGGUAAAGCUUGCAGGACAGGCUACAAAAACUCUACAUGUGUGUUUAGUGAGUUCCAGUCUGCUCUGGUUCACUGUUGUAUUAUUUUAUCAUGUAGAAUCAAGCAUUUUGUUUGUAAUACCGGAUGUAUUGUGGACCGAACUUACACACACCCUGUAGAAGUGUGGCUAGCUUGUGCUCGUUGACCACUAAAGAAAACAACAUUUGCCGGUGGAUAAAGUGGAGAUUUUGAACCCCUUUAUUUCCAAAUUAUGUUUUGUUUGUGACCAGUUUGUUGUGUUUAUGUUGAGAGGAAGUUAUUAUGCACUGAUACUUUAUAUCAAGUAUAAUUUUUGUAUUCUAAAGGUAUAUUAUUAUGAAACAGUGUUGAGGGUCAAAUGUUACAAAUAUUUCUGAUUUAUUUUAUUUAACUCUUACCUGUAGAACAUAGUAGGAAAUUAACAUUUGCAGUAUUUGUUAUAUUAUGUUCAUGUGAUGUAAUUCUGUCUUAAAUUUAAAGCUUGGUUAUAUUUUAGUUACAGCCGUCCCAAUAACAUUCAGUGGAUUUUAAUGCAUUUCUUAAUACAUAACCAUGAAUAAUAACACCUCCUAGCUUCUUUUUUGUUCUUGUAGUGUAGCGAGUUAGUUUUAAUGUUACCCAACACUGUUAACUGAGCAUAUGAAGUAAAUAAAUGAAUAAAGAUCUAUAUAUUUAUACAUUA